UCUUUUAGGCCUUUAGAUGUUGUUCUGGAAAAACUUUAGUAAUGGAUCAAAGGAAGAAUGAGAGUAUUGUCCCUAGUAUCACUCAGUUAGAAGAUUUUCUUACAGAACACAAUUCCAAUGUUGUUUGGCUCCUUGUUGCUACCAUUUUGUCCUGUGGAUGGAUUAUUUACCUCACGUAUUAUAAUUCCCGGAAUGUUGGUCUUAUUUUAACACUAGUUCUUAACAGAUUAUACAAGCAUGGCUAUAUCCAUAUUGGUUCCUUCUCUUUCUCUGUUCUUUCUGGAAAAGUCAUGGUUCGUGAAAUCUAUUACAUUACAGAAGACAUGUCUAUUAGAAUUCAAGAUGGAUUUAUCAUUUUUCGAUGGUGGAAAAUGUAUAACCCAAAACAGAAGCAACAUGAUCCAAAGGCAGAAACCAGGUUAUAUAUCACAGUCAAUGACUUUGAAUUUCAUGUCUAUAAUCGUUCGGAUCUUUAUGGACGCCUUCAAGAGUUGUUUGGUUUGGAGCCAACAAUAAUUCCACCCAAGAAAGAAGAUGAUAAAACACGGGAAAAUGGAAGGACAAGAACCCAAUCGAAAAUUGAAAGAGUUAAAGUAAAAACAGAAUCCCAAGACCCCACAUCUUCAUGGAGAUCACUUAUUCCAGUCAUAAAGGUCAAUGUGAGCACAGGACGUUUGGCCUUUGGAAAUCACUACCAGCCACAAACUCUGUGCAUCAACUUUGAUGAUGCUUUCUUAACUUAUACUACAAAACCACCUUCAAGUCAUCUUGACCAAUUCAUGCAUAUUGUGAAAGGAAAGCUUGAAAAUGUUCGAGUCAUGCUUGUUCCCAGUCCAAGAUAUGUUGGUCUUCAAAAUGAUGAACCACCGAGAUUAAUGGGAGAAGGUUUUGUGGUGAUGCAGUCAAAUGAUGUUGACAUCUACUACUACAUGGAUGAGCCAGGACUUGUUCCAGAAGAAACAGAAGAAAAUAUUGAAGGAGAAAUGAGCAGUGAAGAUUGCAAACUACAAGACUUGCCUCCAUGUUGGGGACUGGAUAUAGUUUGUGGUAAAGGAACAGAUUUUAAUUAUGGACCGUGGGCCGAUAGGCAGAGAGACUGUUUAUGGAAGUUUUUCUUUCCACCUGAUUAUCAAGUCCUGAAAGUUUCUGAAAUUGCACAGCCUGGGAGACCAAGACAGAUCCUUGCUUUUGAAUUACGAAUGAAUAUUAUUGCAGAUGCUACAAUUGAUUUGCUGUUUACCAAAAAUAGGGAAACAAAUGCUGUACAUGUAAAUGUAGGAGCUGGCUCAUAUUUAGAAAUUAAUAUUCCAAUGACAGUUGAAGAAAAUGGUUACACUCCUGCUAUUAAAGGACAACUCUUACAUGUGGAUGCCACUACCAGCAUGCAAUAUCGGACCCUUUUAGAAGCAGAAAUGUUAGCAUUCCACAUCAAUGCCAGCUACCCCCGAAUAUGGAACAUGCCGCAGACAUGGCAGUGUGAAUUAGAGGUUUAUAAAGCCACCUACCACUUCAUCUUUGCGCAGAAAAACUUCUUUACUGAUUUAAUUCAAGACUGGUCUAGUGAUAGUCCUCCAGACAUUUUUUCAUUUGUUCCAUAUACGUGGAAUUUUAAAAUCAUGUUUCAUCAGUUUGAAAUGAUUUGGGCUGCUAAUCAACACAAUUGGAUCGACUGUUCCACUAAACAACAGGAAAAUGUGUAUCUGGCAGCCUGUGGAGAAACACUAAACAUUGAUUUUUCUUUGCCUUUUACGGACUUUGUUCCAGCUACGUGUAAUACCAAGUUCUCUUUAAGAGGAGAAGAUGUUGAUCUUCAUUUGUUUCUACCAGAUUGCCACCCUAGUAAAUAUUCUUUAUUUAUGCUGGUAAGAAAUUGCCACCCAAAUAAGAUGAUUCAUGAUACUGGUAUUCCUGCUGAGUGUCAAAGUGGUCAGAAAACAGUUAAACCAAAAUGGCGCAACGUUACUCAGGAAAAGGCUGGUUGGGUUGAAUGCUGGACUGUCCCAAGUGUCAUGCUUACAAUUGAUUAUACAUGGCACCCAAUUUAUCCACAAAAAGCAGAUGAACAGCUAAAACAAUCAUUAUCAGAAAUGGAAGAGACAAUGCUAUCCGUAUUAAGGCCAUCCCAGAAGGCAUCAGACAGAGUUGUUUCUUCUCCCUCCACUUCUUCACGCCCACCUAUUGAUCCCUCAGAACUUCCACCUGAUAAACUUCAUGUAGAAAUGGAACUUUCUCCAGAUUCUCAGAUAACUCUCUAUGGACCUCUACUAAAUGCCUUUUUGUGUAUAAAGGAAAACUACUUUGGGGAAGAUGACAUGUAUAUGGAUUUUGAAGAGGUUAUCUCAAGUCCUGUUUUGUCACUGUCAACAUCAUCCAGCUCUGGGUGGACUGCUGUUGGAAUGGAAAAUGACAAAAAGGAAAAUGAAGGUUCAGCCAAGUCAAUUCAUCCACUUGCCUUGCGUCCUUGGGAUAUUACUGUACUUGUUAAUUUGUACAAAGUUCAUGGGCGUCUUCCUGUUCAUGGAACUACUGAUGGUCCUGAAUGCCCUACAGCUUUCUUGGAAAGACUAUGUUUUGAAAUGAAAAAAGGAUUUAGGGAGACCAUGCUGCAACUUAUCCUGUCACCCCUGAAUGUGUUUGUCAGUGAUAACUAUCAGCAGCGACCCCCUGUGGAUGAAGUACUCAGGGAAGGUCACAUCAAUUUGUCAGGUCUCCAGCUGAGAGCACACGCUAUGUUCUCAGCAGAAGGUCUUCCUUUGGGAAGUGAUUCCUUAGAAUACGCAUGGUUAAUUGAUGUGCAGGCUGGAAGUCUUACAGCUAAGGUCACAGCACCACAGCUGGCAUGCCUCUUGGAGUGGGGACAGACAUUUGUUUUUCAUGUGGUAUGUCGGGAGUAUGAACUGGAAAGACCAAAAUCAGUAAUAAUAUGUCAGCAUGGAAUUGAUCGUCGGUUCUGUGAGUCCAAGUUGAGUUGUAUUCCUGGGCCUUGUCCAACUUCAGAUGAUUUGAAAUAUACUAUGACUCGUUUAGCAGUAGAUGGAGCCGAUAUUUAUAUUGUUGAGCAUGGUUGUGCUACAAAUAUAAAGAUGGGUGCAAUUCGAGUUGCAAACUGUAAUCUCCACAAUCAAUCGGUUGGGGAAGGAAUCAGUGCUGCAAUUCAAGAUUUUCAAGUGAGACAGUACAUUGAGCAAUUAAAUAAUUGUAGAAUUGGACUUCAGCCUGCAGUGCUACGGAGGGCCUAUUGGCUUGAAGCUGGGUCAGCCAAUUUAGGACUUAUUACGGUUGAUAUUGCUUUAGCUGCUGACCAUCAUUCUAAACAUGAGGCACAAAGACAUUUCUUAGAAACUCAUGAUGCCAGAACUAAGAGGUUGUGGUUUUUGUGGCCAGAUGAUAUCCUGAAGAAUAAGAGGUGUAGAAACAAAUGUGGUUGUCUUGGUGGCUGCAGAUUCUUUGGUGGCACAGUAACUGGCCUAGAUUUCUUCAAACUUGAAGAGUUGACACCUUCCAGUAGCUCUGCGUUUUCAAGCACAAGUGCAGAGUCUGAUAUGUAUUAUGGACAGUCUCUGCUACAGCCUGGAGAAUGGAUAAUUACUAAAGAAAUUCCCAAAAUUAUAGAUGGUAAUGUGAAUGCCAUGAAGAGGAAAGAAUGGGAAAAUAAAUCAGUGGGAAUAGAAGUAGAGAGAAAAACUCAGCACCUUAGUCUUCAAGUACCAUUACGAUCUCAUAGUUCAUCCUCUUCCUCAGAAGAGAACAGUAGUUCUAGUGCUGCACAGCCUUUGUUGGCUGGUGAAAAGGAAAGUCCCUCAUCUGUUGCUGAUGACCAUUUGGUUCAAAAAGAGUUCAUGCAUGGGACAAAAAGGGAUGACGGCCAAGCAAGUAUCCCUACAGAAAUUUCAGGAAACAGCCCUGUGUCUCCUAAUACUCAGGAUAAGUCAGUAGGUCAGUCUCCUCUUAGAUCUCCCUUGAAACGACAAGCCUCUGUCUGUUCCACGCGUCUUGGAAGUACUAAGAGUCUUACUGCUGCUUUCUAUGGGGACAAGCAGCCUGUAACAGUUGGAGUCCAGUUUAGUAGUGAUGUCUCUCGAAGUGAUGAGAAUGUACUAGACUCACCAAAGCAGAGGAGAAGUUUUGGUUCAUUCCCAUAUACACCAUCUGCAGACUCUAAUUCAUUUCAUCAGUAUCGAUCAAUGGAUUCCAGCAUGUCAAUGGCUGAUAGUGAAGCCUACUUUUCUGCUGCUGAGGAAUUUGAGCCCAUUAGCAGUGAUGAAGGCCCUGGAACUUACCCAGGUAGAAAAAAGAAGAAAAAGCAAACCCAGCAGAUUGACUACAGUAGGGGUUCCAUAUAUCACAGUGUAGAAGGACCACUGACUGGACAUGGAGAAAGCAUUCAGGAUUCCCGAACUCUACCAUUCAAAACUCAUCCUUCUCAGGCUUCAUUUGUUUCUGCGUUAGGUGGAGAAGAUGAUGUUAUAGAGCAUCUAUAUAUUGUAGAAGGUGAGAAAACAGUGGAGAGUGAACAGAUUACUCCACAACAACCUGUGAUGAAUUGUUAUCAGACUUACCUUACUCAGUUCCAGGUAAUUAAUUGGUCAGUUAAGCACCCAUCCAACAAAAGAACCUCUAAAUCCUCGUUGCAUCGUCCCCUUGAUCUGGAUACACCAACCAGUGAAGAAAGUUCAUCAUCAUUUGAACAGCUUUCUGUUCCAACUUUUAAGGUUAUCAAGCAGGGGCUCACAGCUAAUUCUUUGCUAGACAGAGGCAUGCAACUUUCAGGAUCAACUUCAAAUACUCCAUAUACUCCUUUGGAAAAAAAACUCGCUGAUAACACAGAUGAUGAAACAUUAACAGAAGAGUGGACCCUGGAUCAACCAGUGUCCCAGACCAGGACAACAGCCAUAGUUGAAGUAAAAGGAACUGUUGAUAUUGUUUUGACUCCCCUGGUGGCUGAAGCUUUAGACAGAUAUAUUGAAGCAAUGGUUCAUUGUGCUAGUACCCGACAUCCAGCUGCAAUUGUAGAUGAUCUUCAUGCUAAAGUCCUCAGGGAAGCUGUCCAAAAUAGCAAGACUACCUUCUCAGAAAAUUUAUCUUCCAAACAAGACGUUAGAGGAACAAAAACUGAGCACCCUACAAUAGGAACGACUAACCAAGGACAAGCACAGACAAAUGUUAUAACGAAGCAAGAUAAUGUAACAAUUAAAGGCCUUCAGACUAAUGUUAGCAUACCAAAGGUAAACUUAUGUUUGUUACAAGCCUCAGUGGAAGAAUCUCCAACUACAGCUCCUAGUAGGAGUGUGACUCAUGUUUCCCUAGUGGCAUUGUGUUUUGACAGAAUUGCUACACAAGUUCGUAUGAAUAGAGGUGUGGUUGAAGAGACUUCAAACAAUGCAGAACCUGGUAGAACAUCAAAUUUUGAUAGGUAUGUUCAUGCCACAAAGAUGCAGCCUCAGUCAUCUGGAUCUCUCAGAUCAAAUGCUGGAGCAGAAAAAGGCAAAGAAAUUGCAGCCAAGUUAAACAUUCAUCGAGUUCAUGGGCAACUUAGGGGUCUUGAUACAACAGACAUUGGGACCUGUGCAAUCACUGCUAUUCCUUUUGAGAAGUCCAAAGUUUUAUUUACUCUUGAAGAGUUGGAUGAAUUUACUUUUGUGGAUGAAACUGAUCAGCAAGCUGUUCCAGAUAUAACUCGAAUAGGUCCCAGCCAAGAAAAAUGGGGAUGGAUAAUGUUUGAAUGUGGACUUGAAAAUUUAACCAUAAAAGGAGGAAGACAGUCUGGUGCUGUUUUAUAUAACAGUUUUGGAAUUAUGGGUAAAGCUAGUGACACAGAAAGGGGUGGAGUGCUGACAUCCAAUAAUUCUUCUGAUUCUCCAACCGGAAGUGGUUAUAAUACUGAUGUCUCUGAUGAUAAUCUUCCAUGUGACCGGACAAGCCCUUCCUCAGACUUAAAUGGAAAUUCUGUUUCAGAUGAACAGGAUGAAGGAGUCGAAUCUGAUGAUUUGAAAAAAGAUCUACCUCUGAUGCCUCCUCCUCCAGAUUCAUGUAGCAUGAAGUUGACCAUUAAAGAAAUUUGGUUUAGUUUUGCAGCUCCCACCAAUGUGAGAUCUCACACACAUGCAUUUUCUAGGCAGCUGAACCUUUUAAGCACUGCAACGCCAGCUGUUGGUGCAUGGCUUGUUCCCAUUGACCAACUCAAGUCAUCCUUAAACAAAUUGGAAACUGAGGGAACCUUGAGAAUUUGUGCUGUUAUGGGAUGCAUAAUGACAGAAGCAUUAGAGAAUAAAAGUGUACAUUUUCCCCUAAGAAGUAAAUACAACAGACUUACGAAAGUUGCUCGCUUUCUCCAAGAAAAUCCUUCAUGUUUACUAUGUAAUAUACUACACCACUACCUGCACCAGGCAAAUUACUCCGUCAUUGAUGAUGCUACAAUGAGUGAUGGACUUCCUGCUUUGGUAACUUUGAAGAAAGGUUUAGUUGCACUGGCAAGGCAGUGGAUGAAGUUUAUUGUGGUGACACCAGCCUUUAAAGGAGUUAGCUUACAUAGACCAGCUCAGCCUCUGAAACCUCAAGUAGCUAUGGACCAUGAACAUGAAGAUGGACUUGGAUUGGACAAUGGGGGUGGUCUUCAAAGUGAUACCAGUGCUGAUGGAGCAGAAUUUGAGUUUGAUGCAGCCACAGUCAGUGAACACACAAUGCUAUUAGAAGGAACAGCUAACCGACCUCCACCUGGUAGCUCCGGACCCGUAACUGGAGCUGAGAUAAUGAGGAAACUUUCUAAAACUCAUACCCAUAGUGACUCUGCAUUAAAAAUAAAGGGCAUUCACCCAUAUCAUUCUCUGAGCUAUACCAGUGGAGACACUGCCACUGAUUCUCCAGUGCAUGUUGGACGUGCUGGGAUGCCAGUAAAGGAGAGUCCAAGGAAGGAGAGCCUACUCAGCUACCUGACUGGAAGCUUCCCAAGCCUGCACAACCUCCUGGAAGGGACUCCUCAGAGAAGCAGUGCUGCUGUGAAAAGCAGCUCCCUAACAAGAACAGGAAAUACAGUGGCCACUGAUAUGUUAUCUGAACAUCCCUUGCUAUCUGAGCCAUCAUCUGUGAGUUUCUAUAAUUGGAUGUCAAAUGCUGUGGGUAAUCGAGGAAGUGUGGUACAAGAAUCUCCCGUUACAAAAUCAGGACACAAUAGUCUUCCCACAGGUGUAGCACCCAAUCUUCCUACAAUACCCUCGGCCUCAGAUUUCAACACUGUCUUGUCUAGUGACCAAAAUACUUUGGAUGGGACACAUUCUCAGCAUAGCACCAGUCAGGAUGAUGUGGCAGGUGUAGAAGAAGCAAACCAAGGGUUUCCUGCUGUUCAGCUUGCUGAUGCACAGGUUGUUUUCAAGCCUCUUCUGAGUCAUACAGGGAUCCAGUCACAGGAUACAAUGCCACUCUGCUACCGAAUGUACUUUGGAGAACACCUUUCAUUUUCAGGGACUUUGGAUUGCCUCAGAGCAGAUAUUGUGGAUUCUGACACAGCCAAAGAGAGAAAAGGCAAAAGAGCAAGAAGGCAAGGCCAUGUGAAUCUUCCUCCACUUGAGUUCAAACCGGCAUUAAUGUUGGGAACCUUUAGCAUCAGUGCUGUUGUAAUGGAAAAGUCUGUGUGCACCCCUCAGAACUCUGCCAGUGCCCUUUCUUUUCAUGAUCUCAGCAAGCGGUAUUAUAACACCUUUCACUGCAACUUUACUAUUUCCUGUCAGUCAAUAAGCCAGCAUGUAGAUAUGGCUUUGGUUCGUCUUAUUCAUCAGUUUAGCACAAUGAUAGAUGAUAUCAAAGCAACACAGACUGAUAUUAAACUUAGCAGAUACACAGCCGGAUCUGCUUCCCCAACACCUACCUUCAAAACCAGAAAACAUCGGGACUUUCGUUCGUCUGACUUUAGCCGCAGUUCUAGAGGAAGUCUUAAUGGUGGCAAUAGAGUAAAUAAUGCAAAGAACAAACGGACCAACAAUGAGAAUAACAAAAAGGAAUCUCGAAACAAGAAUUCAUUAGGAAGAUCUGAAAGAAGAACAUCAAAAGUGUCUAGGAAAGGUUCAAAAGAUGUGGUGGAUCACAUGACUAUUCAUAUGGAUGACUCUGAUUCAAUUACAGUCUCAGAACAAAGUGAGCCUUCAGCUGAGUGCUGGCAGAAUAUGUAUAAAUUGCUUAACUUCUAUUCACUUAUCUCUGAUCCAACAGGAAUAUUGGAAAAGUCUUCAGAAACAUUUGGACCAGCAGGAGUUCGGAGCCCUACAGAGCCAACAUGUAAAGUUGUGUUUGAGAAUGAACAAGACAACAGCAGUUUGACUAAGACUCAGAGGAAACGUAGCUUGGUAACUUCUGAACCUCAGCAUGUUACUCUAAUAGUGUUUGGGAUUGGCAUGGUGAACCGCACACACCUAGAGGCAGAUAUUGGUGGACUAACAAUGGAAUCAGAACUGAAGAGGAUCCAUGGCAGUUUUACUCUUAAGGAAAAAAUGAAAGAUGUUUUACAUCAAAAGAUGACUGAGACUUGUGCUACUGCUCAUAUUGGUGGGGUUAAUAUUGUGCUGCUUGAAGGGAUUACACCAAAUAUACAACUGGAGGAUUUUCCUACAUCUCCUACAAGUACAGCCAAACAAGAGUUUCUAACUGUAGUGAAAUGUAGUAUUGCCAAGUCCCAAGCCCUCUACAGUGCCCAGAGAGGGCUGAAGACAAACAAUGCUGCUGUGUUCAAAGUAGGAGCUAUCAGCAUCAACAUUCCUCAGCACCCUGCCACCUUACAUAGCAUGAUGGUUCGAAGUUCUCACCAACUAUCUAAACAAAUCUCAGACCUAAUCAGACAACCUUCUACAGCCCCACAGCCUGCAAAAGAAGAUAUUGCAACCCCACUACCUUCUGAAAAAACCCCAACAAGCGUUAAUCAAACUCCUGUUGAAACAAAUGAAUUUCCUCAGCUACCAGAAGGCUUAGAAAAGAAGCCUAUUGUUCUUAAAUUCAGUGCCAUGUUAGAUGGUAUUGCCAUUGGAGCAGCACUUUUACCGUCUCUGAAAGCAGAAUACAAGAUGGGAAGAAUGAGAAGUCAUGGAAUGACAGGUGCACAGACAAGAUUUACAUUUGAGCUGCCAAAUCACAGAUUGCGUUUUACUUCAAAAGUUUCUGCCACAGAUAUGUCAACCAUUCCUCCUUCUGCCAGUCUUAACCUUCCUCCUGUUACCAUGUCAGGGAAAUAUAUAAUGGAAGAACAUGAUAGUUAUUCGGAUCAGGUGUGGAGUAUAGAUGAACUGCCUUCUAAACAAGGUUACUAUUUACAGGGAAAUUAUCUACGUUGUGUGGCAGAAGUUGGUUCCUUUGAACAUAAUCUUACAACUGAUCUUCUAAACCACUUGGUAUUUGUACAGAAAGUGUUCAUGAAGGAAGUUAAUGAAGUAAUACAAAAAGUUUCUGGUGGGGAGCAGCCUAUUCCUCUCUGGAAUGAACAUGAUGGAACAGCAGAUGGAGAUAAGCCUAAAAUCCUCCUCUAUUCCCUAAACUUGCAGUUCAAGGGUAUUCAAGUAACGGCCACUACUCCAUCAAUGAGAGCUGUAAGAUUUGAAACUGGAUUGAUUGAACUGGAACUUUCUAACCGACUUCAAACCAAAGCUUCACCAGGAAGUAGCAGCUAUCUGAAACUAUUUGGCAAAUGCCAGGUGGAUUUAAAUCUGGCAUUAGGACAAAUUGUCAAACAUCAGGUUUAUGAGGAAGCUGGUUCUGAUUUUCAUCAGGUUGCCUAUUUUAAAACCAGAAUUGGAUUAAGAAAUGCCCUCCGAGAAGAAAUCAGUGGUUCUUCAGAUAGGGAAGCUGUGCUUAUUACUUUGAACAGACCAAUUGUUUAUGCACAGCCUGUGGCCUUUGAUAGAGCUGUGCUGUUUUGGCUGAAUUAUAAGGCUGCCUACGACAACUGGAAUGAACAACGAAUGGCUUUACAUAAGGAUAUUCAUAUGGCUACAAAGGAAGUAGUAGAUAUGCUACCUGGUAUCCAGCAAACAUCAGCCCAGGCCUUUGGGACUCUUUUCCUCCAGCUCACUGUCAAUGAUCUGGGAAUUUGCCUACCUAUCACAAAUACUGCGCAGUCUAAUCAUACUGGAGACCUUGACACUGGUUCUGCUUUGGUAUUAACCAUUGAAAGUACUCUCAUCACUGCGUGCUCUUCAGAGUCUCUGGUUAGCAAAGGGCAUUUCAAAAACUUUUGUAUCCGUUUUGCUGAUGGAUUUGAGACAUCAUGGGAUGACUGGAAACCAGAAAUUCGUGGGGAUUUAGUGAUGAAUGCCUGUGUAGUUCCAGAUGGCACCUAUGAAGUAUGUUCAAGAACUACAGGACAAGCAGCAGCUGAAAGCAGUAGUGCUGGAACCUGGACACUCAAUGUAUUGUGGAAAAUGUGUGGGAUCGAUGUUCACAUGGAUCCUAACAUUGGCAAAAGGCUUAAUGCUCUGGGCAAUACUCUUACAACACUGACAGGAGAGGAAGACAUAGAUGACAUUGCUGACUUAAAUUCAGUGAACAUAGCUGACCUGUCAGAUGAAGACGAAGUUGAUACUAUGUCUCCCACUAUCCAUACUGAAGCCAUAGAUUAUCGAAGACAGGCAGCAUCUGCUAGCCAGCCAGGAGAACUUAGAGGAAGAAAAAUUAUGAAGCGUAUAGUGGAUAUCAGAGAACUGAAUGAACAGGCCAAAGUAAUAGAUGAUCUGAAAAAAUUAGGUGCAAGUGAAGGAACCAUAAACCAGGAAAUUCAACGUUACCAACAGUUAGAAUCUGUGGCUGUGAAUGACAUUAGAAGAGAUGUUCGUAAAAAAUUACGGAGGUCCAGUAUGCGGGCUGCUUCCCUAAAGGAUAAGUGGGGUUUGAGUUACAAACCAAGUUAUAGCCGAUCAAAAACCAUUUCUGCUUCUGGAAGACCACCUCUUAAGCGAAUGGAAAGGGCAAGUUCUCGAGUAGGAGAAACUGAAGAGCUCCCAGAAAUCCGUGUGGAUGCAGCAUCUCCUGGACCUAGAGUAACUUUUAAUAUCCAGGAUACAUUUCCAGAGGAGACAGAACUGGACCUUUUGUCAGUAACCAUUGAAGGUCCAUCCCAUUACUCAUCAAAUAGUGAAGGAUCAUGUUCCGUGUUCAGUUCUCCCAAAACUCCAGGAGGCUUUUCACCAGGCAUUCCUUUCCAAACUGAAGAGGGCCGACGGGAUGACAGUUUGUCUUCUACCAGUGAAGAUUCCGAGAAGGAUGAAAAAGAUGAAGACCAUGAGAGGGAAAGGUUUUAUAUUUACAGGAAACCCUCACACACAUCUCGUAAAAAAGCAACAGGCUUUGCUGCUGUUCAUCAGCUAUUUACAGAACGCUGGCCAACAACACCAGUCAAUAGAAGUCUUAGUGGCACAGCUACAGAGAGAAAUAUUGACUUUGAACUUGAUAUACGGGUUGAAAUUGAUAGUGGGAAAUGUGUACUCCACCCAACCACCCUUCUACAAGAACAUGAUGAUAUAAGUUUGAGAAGGAGUUAUGAUCGAAGUUCCAGGAGCUUAGAUCAAGAUUCACCUUCAAAAAAGAAGAAGUUUCAAACUAAUUAUGCUUCUACCACCCAUUUAAUGACCGGCAAGAAAGUGCCAUCAUCUCUACAGACAAAGCCUAGUGACUUAGAAACAACAGUAUUUUACAUUCCUGGAGUUGAUGUAAAGUUGCAUUACAAUUCCAAGACGCUAAAGACUGAAUCACCUAAUGCCUCCAGGGGAUCUUCCUUGCCAAGAACACUCUCCAAAGAGUCCAAGCUGUAUGGUAUGAAAGAUAGUGCAACAUCUCCUCCUUCUCCUCCUUUACCUUGCACUGUCCAGAGCAAGACUAACACCUUACUUCCUCCCCAGCCCCCACCUAUUCCCGCAGCCAAAGGAAAAGGAAGUGGAGGAGUAAAAACAGCCAAGUUAUAUGCCUGGGUAGCACUUCAGUCAUUGCCAGAAGAAAUGGUUAUCAGUCCCUGCCUAUUAGACUUUCUGGAAAAAGCUCUGGAAACUAUCCCAAUUACACCAAUUGAAAGGAAUUAUACAGCUGUCAGCUCACAAGAUGAAGAUAUGGGACAUUUUGAAAUACCAGAUCCUAUGGAAGAAUCAACAACAUCACUAGUGUCAUCUUCGACAUCUGCUUACUCUUCCUUCCCUGUAGAUGUUGUGGUUUAUGUACGAGUUCAGCCCUCACAGAUAAAAUUUAGCUGUUUACCAGUAUCAAGAGUAGAAUGCAUGUUAAAGCUGCCAUCCCUGGAUUUGGUGUUUUCUUCAAACCGAGGAGAACUGGAGACUUUAGGGACUACAUAUCCUGCAGAAACUUUAUCCCCUGGAGGUAAUGCUGCUCAGAGUGGAACAAAGACUUCUGCUAGCAAAACUGGAAUACCAGGUUCAUCAGGACUAGGCAGCCCUCUUGGCCGAAGUCGACAUAGUAGUAGUCAGUCAGACCUGACCAGUUCCAGCAGUAGUUCAUCUGGCUUGAGCUUCACUGCAUGCAUGUCUGACUUUUCCCUUUAUGUAUUUCAUCCAUAUGGAGCAGGGAAACAAAAAACUGCUGUUUCUGGCCUUACACCUGGAUCAGGAGGAUUAGGGAAUGUGGAUGAGGAGCCCACUUCAGUCACUGGUCGAAAAGAUUCACUCAGUAUAAACCUUGAGUUUGUAAAAGUGAGUUUGUCACGGAUCAGGCGUUCAGGAGGUGCCUCAUUUUUUGAAAGUCAGUCUGUAAACAAGUCUACAAGCAAAAUGGACACUACAUUAAUAAAUAUAUCUGCUGUUUGUGAUAUAGGGUCUGCCUCGUUUAAAUAUGAUAUGCGCCGACUCAGUGAAAUUCUGGCAUUUCCAAGAGCAUGGUAUAGAAGAAGUAUUGCAAGACGUCUAUUCCUUGGAGACCAAACUAUAAAUUUGCCAACAUCUGGCCCAGGGACACCAGAUUCCAUUGAAGGUGUAAGCCAGCACCUUUCCCCUGAAUCAUCAAGAAAAGCUUACUGCAAGACCUGGGAGCAGCCAAGUCAGUCAGCCUCCUUCACCCACAUGCCUCAGUCACCUAAUGUGUUCAAUGAGCAUAUGACAAACAGUACCAUGUCACCAGGGACAGUAGGACAGAGCCUAAAAUCCCCAGCUUCCAUAAGAUCAAGAAGUGUAUCUGAUUCUUCAGUUCCUCGAAGAGAUUCACUUUCAAAAACAUCAACUCCUUUUAACAAAUCAAACAAAGCAGCAAGCCAACAAGGGACCCCAUGGGAAACACUUGUCGUGUUUGCUAUCAACUUGAAGCAAUUAAACGUUCAAAUGAAUAUGAGUAAUGUAAUGGGAAAUACAACUUGGACAACUAGUGGUUUGAAGAGCCAGGGCCGUCUGUCAGUAGGAAGUAAUCGUGAUCGAGAGAUUAGCAUGUCUGUUGGUCUGGGAAGAUCACAAUUAGAUUCUAAAGGAGGAGUAGUUGGAGGGACCAUAGAUGUCAAUGCUUUGGAGAUGGUUGCUCAUAUUUCUGAACAUCCAAAUCAGCAACCCAGUCACAAAAUUCAGAUUACUAUGGGUUCUACUGAAGCUCGUGUUGAUUACAUGGGCUCAAGUAUCCUCAUGGGCAUCUUCAGUAAUGCUGAUCUUAAGCUUCAGGAUGAAUGGAAAGUAAACUUGUAUAAUACAUUGGAUUCAAGCAUAACUGAUAAAAGUGAGAUUUUCGUCCAUGGAGAUUUGAAGUGGGAUAUUUUCCAAGUAAUGAUAUCAAGAUCAACCACACCAGACCUGAUAAAAAUAGGAAUGAAACUCCAGGAAUUUUUCACACAACAAUUUGAUACCAGCAAACGAGCUCUGUCUACCUGGGGACCAGUUCCUUAUCUUCCGCCAAAGACAAUGACUAGCAACCUAGAAAAGAGUUCACAAGAACAAUUGCUUGAUGCAGCACAUCAUCGACACUGGCCUGGAGUAUUGAAGGUGGUAUCAGGAUGCCACAUAUCCUUAUUUCAGAUUCCAUUACCAGAAGAUGGAAUGCAAUUUGGAGGAUCAAUGAGCUUACAUGGAAAUCAUAUGACACUGGCAUGUUUUCAUGGUCCAAAUUUCCGUUCAAAAUCUUGGGCCCUUUUUCAUUUAGAAGAACCAAAUAUUGCUUUUUGGACUGAAGCUCAGAAAAUCUGGGAAGAUGGCUCCAGUGAUCAUUCUACAUAUAUUGUACAAACACUAGAUUUUCAUCUGGGUCAUAAUACUAUGGUUACCAAACCAUGUGGUGCUUUGGAAAGUCCUAUGGCAACAAUAACCAAGAUAACAAGGCGUCGCCAUGAAAAUCCACCCCAUGGAGUAGCAAGUGUGAAAGAAUGGUUCAAUUAUGUUACAGCCACAAGGAAUGAAGAGCUAAAUCUACUUCGUAAUGUUGAUGCUAACAACACUGAGAAUAGCACUACUGUGAAGAAUUCUAGUUUGUUGAGUGGAUUCAGAGGAGGUUCUAGCUACAACCAUGAAACAGAGACUAUCUUUGCAUUACCAAGGAUGCAGCUUGACUUUAAAUCCAUUCAUGUUCAAGAACCACAGGAGCCUUCAUUACAGGAUGCCAACCUGAAGCCAAAAGUAGAAUGUAGUGUGGUGACAGAGUUCACUGACCACAUUUGUGUGACUAUGGAUGCUGAGCUCAUCAUGUUUCUUCAUGAUUUAGUGUCAGCUUAUCUUAAAGAAAAAGAAAAAGCCAUCUUUCCACCUCGGAUUUUAUCUACUCGACCAGGACAGAAAAGUCCAAUUAUUAUACAUGAUGACAAUUCCUCUGAUAAAGAUAGAGAAGAUAGCAUCACUUACACUACUGUGGACUGGAGAGAUUUUAUGUGCAAUACAUGGCAUCUAGAACCUACUCUUAGGUUAAUUUCUUGGACUGGAAGAAAGAUUGAUCCAGUAGGUGUUGAUUAUAUUCUUCAAAAAUUGGGCUUUCAUCAUGCUAGGACUACUAUUCCUAAAUGGCUUCAAAGAGGAGUCAUGGAUCCACUGGACAAGGUUCUGUCAGUUCUUAUCAAAAAGCUCGGUACUGCACUACAGGAUGAAAAGGAAAAGAAAGGCAAAGACAAAGAAGAACACUAAAAAGUAAUUUGAUCUUUGAACAAAUUAUGAUUGUGUCUGUUAAGUUUUAUUACACUGGAGUGUUUUUUUAGUAUAAUAAUUUUAAAUAUAACUUUAAAAUAAUUCUAAAUUUGUGGCUAUUAUAAGUUUGUAAGUUAACCAGUUUAUUCUAGUCUCAUCAUUCUGUGUACAGUAAAGUAUUGCAUGAUAAUGUAAAUUUUGUGAAAAACUAGAUUAAAAUAUAUAAAUCUUGUUAUGGUUUAUAAUUAUAUAAUGUGCAAUACAAUUCCUGCAUCUUUAAAAUGUUUGCAGAAUAACUGUGAAUUUUUUUUGUAACUGGCCAUAACUUUUAGAAAAAAAUGUUGUUGCUAAUGUGAUUUUGGGAAGGUCAUUAAUUGCUUUUUCUUUUUUUAAUGUAGACUUGUAUAAAUACCUGUCUGUAUAUAGCUUGAGUAAUUGUGAUAUGAUUGUAUACCACUAAAAUAUUGUUAACUAUUGUAAUAAAGUCACAAUAAUGGUUUAA